CGCAGCGAAUCGCCGUGCUAGCUGAGGUGGGCGGGUACUGCUCACCCACAGUGGUCACCUGAAGAUGUCUGACAAUGCAGAGUCCCCAACGGAAACGCAAAAAGAGGAGUCACAGCCGCCGUCAGACGACUCAGCGACAAACGAUGAUAAGAAGAAAAUUGACGUGUUGCUGAAGGCAGUGGGAGACACUCCUAUCAUGAAAACAAAGAAGUGGGCAGUGGACAGGGGGAGGACGGUGCAGUCCCUGUCGCAGUUCAUCUCUCGCUUCCUCAAGCUUGAUGGCAGUGAACAGCUGUUCAUAUAUGUAAACCAGUCCUUUGCCCCCUCACCGGAUCAAGAAGUAGGAGUCCUCUUUGAUUGUUUCGGCAGUGAUAACAAGCUGGUUCUUCAUUACUGUAAAUCUCAAGCCUGGGGUUAAACCGCUUCUACAACUCCCUCUUUCUUAAAUUCAUCCUCCAAACAUGCACACAAUGUUGUUGUUUUUUCAUUUUUAUGUCUUUUUUUUUUCAGUUUUCUGUACAUACAUAUUGUAAAUAAAUUAUUGUGACUAUA